AUGGGCUGGCACGUGGAUUUCGCAGCAGGACAGGGCCAAAGGGUGCACUUGGCCAGGGUGACACUGCAUAGGCGGAAACACCACCGUCACCACCACCACCAUCAACAACAGGAUGUGACACCUGAGCUGCUGACUCUCCCCAAGCCCAGCCAUGGCCUCCAGCGGCAGAAGAGGGACUGGGUCAUCCCCCCCAUCAACUGUCCUGAGAACGAGCGGGGGCCUUUCCCCAAGAAGCUGGUGCAGAUCAAAUCCAACAAGGACAAGGAGACCAAGGUUUUCUACAGCAUCACAGGGCAGGGGGCAGACACCCCCCCCGUGGGCAUCUUCACCAUCGAGCGGGAGACAGGGUGGCUGGAGGUGACGAAGCCGCUGGACCGAGAGGAGAAAGAUAAAUAUGUUCUCUUCUCCCACGCCGUGUCAGCCAACGGGCAGCCCGUGGAGGACCCCAUGGAGAUCAUCAUCACUGUGACGGACCAGAAUGACAACCGGCCCGUGUUCACCAAGCAAGUCUUCAUUGGCUACAUCGAGGAGAACGCCAAGCCAGGCACGUCCGUGAUGACGGUGAACGCCACGGACGCAGAUGACGCGAUCAACGUGAACAACGGCAUCAUUGGCUACUCCAUCCUGAGCGAGGAGCCCAAGAGUGCCCAGCAGAUGUUCACCAUCGACCCUGAGAAGGGCAUCAUCAGUGUCAUUGGCACCGGGCUGGACCGGGAGACCACUCCCAACUACACGCUGAUCAUCCAGGCCGCGGACCAGGAGGGCACUGGCCUGACCAACACCGCCACCGCCAUUGUCCUGGCCGUGGACAGCGGGUUGCCCGACGCCACCGGCACGGGGACACUGCUCCUCCAUCUCCUGGAUGUGAACGACAACGGGCCCACGCCGGAGCCCCGGUCCUUUGAGAUCUGCAGCCGGGAGCCCGAGGAGCAGAUUCUGACCAUUGUUGACAAGGACCUGCCCCCCAACACCUACCCCUUCCAGGCAGCGCUGGAACAUGGCUCUGGUGCCAACUGGACUGCCAGGGUGAUUGGACAAGACCAGGUGGUGCUGAAGCUGAUGAAGGAGCUGGAGCCGGGGGAGUACAACGUCUUCCUGAAGCUGACGGACGCGCAGGGCAAGGCACAAGUAACACUGGUGAAGGUCCAAGUGUGCGACUGUGAAGGACCAGUCAAAAACUGUCAUGAGAGCAACAACCCACCAGUCUUCAGCCAAGCGGUUUUUCAUGGCACCGUGCAGGAGGGAGCUGAGCCAGGAACCCCAGUGCUGCGGGUGUUGGCCACCAGCAUGGACAGCUCAGUGAACUCCAGCAUCAGGGCAGUGGUCUAUUCCAUCCUGUGCCAGAUGCCAGACCAGCCCCAGCCCCACAUGUUUGCUGUCAACAGCAGCACCGGGGUGAUCUCCGUGGCUGCAACGGGGCUGGCAGCACAGGUCGUCCCUGAAUACACCCUGGAGGUCCAGGCAGCCUAUGCAGCCAGCUCUGGGCUGCGGGCCAUAGCCAGAGCCACCAUCAAAGUACAGGUUGUCUUCACCAUUGCUGACCCAGCCCAGAAGCUGCACCUCCCGCUGCUAAUCAGCCCCUUCUCCUACACCACAUACCGGGGCAGUUAG